GGUCACGUGUUGUUUGUGCCGCGGUCCAUAGAGAUGUGUGUACAGAGGGAGUGAAGAGCAGAUUGGCAGCGCCGCUAGGAUCUACCGAUAAUAGAAACGGGUAAUGUGGUCAUGUUGCAGUGGCUUGGCUUGAAUUCUUGUCGCGUUGGCUGCGUUUUCCUGAGGCGGCUCAGAGCAGCGCAUCACCGGGAGGCAUAAAUUGCCGGAGGAGAACACGACCCCCCGCUCAAUCCCUCCCACCCUCCCCAAACAAGAAUGGGGUCUCGUAGCGCGACGCUAAGACGAGGAUAAACUUAACCUGACGUUUACCAAACAAAAACAAUGGCAAAUCUUGCUAAUUAUCCAGACGCCGCCAUGCUCAUUCUGGAAGCGCAGCAGAGGACUAGUGCCGGAGCUAAACCCGCUCCAGCCGGCGGGGAUCCCCCUUCCUCACCGCUGCACGGCGGCGGCGGCGCGCGCUGCCAUCAACACCAGCCGCACGCGCAUCACCAACCGCAGGACCAGCACCAACAGCAUUUCGAUCACGAGAACUAUCAGCAGUCUCCGGCGCGGAAAAGCCUCCUGUCUUCUUUUAAGCCAGCACACGAGGACUCUGCUGCUACGAGCCACACACAGGCUACCUCAUCCGCCGCUGCCAUGGCUGUUCACCCCGGCGCUGCUGCUGCUGCUACCGCCGCCGCCGCCGCCGCCUCAGACGCGCUGGACGACAUUAGGAAGUGCGGUUACCUGAGAAAACAGAAACACGGCCAUAAGAGGUUUUUCGUCUUACGCUCAGCGAGCCGCUCAGGCCCGAGCCGACUGGAGUACUACGACAGUGAAAAGAAGUUCCGUAGCAGCCUUCGCUCCGCCGCCGCCGCCUCCUCCUCCUCCUCCUCGUCUACCGGCGCCGCUGCAGCCAGCGCUUCUCCCCCCAAACGCGUGAUUUAUCUCUACCAGUGUUUCACUGUAAACAAAAGGGCGGACUCAAAGAACAAACACCUCAUAGCUCUGUAUACCAAGGAUGAAUAUUUCGCGAUUGUAGCUGAAAACGAGCAAGAGCAAGAAGACUGGUACUUAGCGCUCAGCGACCUGAUGAAUGAAGGCAAAAAAAGCCACACUGAAGCCGACGAGCUCGACGACGGCUACGGCACGGUAACGCCAGGCACCGUCUUCAAGGAGGUCUGGCAGGUAAACGUGAAACCCAAGGGCCUGGGGCAAACUAAGAAUCUCACGGGUGUGUACAGACUGUGCCUCUCCUCUAAAACCAUCCACCUCGUAAAACUGAACUCUGAAACCCCGUGUGUAAACCUGCAGCUGAUGAACAUCAGGCGCUGUGGCCACUCCGAGAGCUUCUUCUUCAUCGAGGUCGGGCGUUCCUCUUCCAUCGGUCCGGGCGAGCUGUGGAUGCAGGUGGACGAUUCGGUGGUGGCUCAGAGUAUGCACGAGACCAUUUUAGAUACCAUGAAGGCUCUGAAAGCCUACGCCGAGUUCAGGCCAAGGAGUAAAAGUCAGUCGUCAGGUUCUAACCCGAUGGCUUUCAUGACCACACGUCGGCACCUGGGAAACCUCCCACCCAGCCAGACGGGACUGCAGAGGCGGUCCCGGGCCGAGUCUAUGGUUGGCACUCCGCCUAGCAGUAAGAGCAGUGGCGCGAGCGGAUACAGGUUUCGCACGUCCAGCGAAGGUGAGGGCACCAUGAACCGCCCGUUUCGGUCAGUCACGGGCAGCCUGAUCCACCUCAAUACAGCCCGUGCUAAUUUGGGUAGACAGGAGAGUAGCAGCGGAACCGGAAGCCGAUAUGUCCGAGCCCCGCCGGGUGCCGCCUACCAUGCGCGGUCUGCCUCACUUCCUGUGUCUCACUUCCCAUCCACCACUAGUCCUGUCAGUAUGUCCAGUAGCAGCGGCCAUGGCUCUGUCACUGAUACCAACACCCGACCCUCCAGCGCUUCCAUCUGCGGUUCUCCCAGCGAUGGAGGCUUCAACUCCUCGGACGAAUACGGAUCCAGCCCUGGAGACUUCCGCUACUUCAGGGUUCGCAGCAACACACCUGACUCGCUGAGCAACACGCCCCCCAUCCGGGAGGAGAACUGUCUCAGUGACUACAUGGCGAUGGGCUGGAGCCGGGACAUGUUCGGUGGGAGUGCCGGGGACGCUUCACGCGACGAUACUGCUGAGGAAGAUUCACGCUCGUUUAGGAGGCGCACUCCUUCCUUUUCCAGACAGGUGGGAGCUGCCGGUGCAGGUGGAGUAGCUGUUUACCAAAAGAUGACUCAGACCAACUUCUCGCUGGACGAGGCUGUAGCUGAGGGAAGCUUUCUAGGCAGUAAUGGCCAGCUUGCCUCCAUCUCUUCAUCACUUCGUUCUGAUUACAGCUCCAGCUCUGAACACAGCCAGGACCACCCUCCUGCACUGCGGGCUGCUGACUCUUUUAAAGACGAUGGAUACAUGCCCAUGAUGGCAGGUGUGGUGCCCUCCGCACGAGAAACAGAUUACAUGCCUAUGCAACCCAGUCCUCUUGUCUGUGCCUCACCAAAUAUCCAAAGCACGGCCUCACCUCCCACUCAUCAGCACAUAGACUCACAAGGCUACAUGAUGAUGCUCCCAGGUGGAAAUGGGGCUGCAGACUCCCCAGCACCACCUAGCCCUCACACUAGCGGCAGGGGGCUUAUUCAGAGAGGUAACGAGCGUCCCGAAAAUGGCGAAUACAUGGAUAUGUCUCAAAGCAGGCCUGUGAUAGGCAGACGAAAAUUCUCUAAUGACAGUUACUACACGCUGAGUGCUCCUGAGAUACCAAAAUCUUACAGCUCAUAUUUCUCCCUCCCCCGUUCAUACAAAGCCCCCGCAAAACAUCGACGUGAACCUGCCAAGCCUGCCUACAUCUCACCUGGUACCACACCUGAGCAUAAUGGCUGUAGCGAUAUGGAUCACCAUUCUUCGUGUCGAAAUCGCCUCCCGUUUAGCCGACGCAGUUUCCAUGGGUCUUUACAGCCGAGUGACCCGGUGGAAUGCCCCUCCAGCCCUGGCGAGUACAUUAACAUUGAGUUUGGUGACCAGGUCCCAUACGCACUCACUGCAGAGGACACUCUGACCAGCCAAAGCGCUCACCGGCAGGACCGGCAUUCUCCGUUCCCACAAGACUACAUGAGUGUGGAGGUGGACGGCCUUCCACCCAAAAGUCAGUCUUCACGUUCAUCGCUGGUGGCCCCUUGGAACCCUCCGACCUACAUUCGCACCAGCGGCGGUGGAGUCACUUUGGGUCACCUGGAUGACUACACGGAGAUGAGCUGCGGUCCGCACGACGGGCAUAAAAGCCCCACAACGAUGCUACAACACCUUAGCGUUUGUGAGCAGAGAUAUCCAAGCUCCAGCACAUCUGUUGAGCCAAAGGUCAUCCGUGCAGACCUCCAGGGCAGGCGGAGACACAGCUCUGAGACUUUCGUCACAUCCACAGAAGUGACAGGAGCGAAUGGCCUGGACAGCAGCGCCCCAGUUCCCAGCACUGUUUCUCAGGUGGCGGAUAGCAAGUGGCAGAGCUCACCGUCCUUCGACAGCACGUGGAUGUGUGUGGAGAACAAAGCGGCAGGUGGCACAGAGGAAGCACCUGGCCUCUCCUCAGAGCGAGCUGAAGCAAGUGCCUGUUCUGUGAGAACCAUAAGGACUCUACCUGUGGAACACCAAAAUGGCCUCAAUUACAUUGCCCUGGAUCUGAGAGAGGACCAAGGCACUGAGAGUGCCAGCGCUGAGCCCCAGCUGCCAGCCUCUGGCAUGCUUCACCCAGAAAAUGGAGAAUACGCCAGCAUCGAUUUCAUUAAAUCUGAGCGAAUCACUGCAACUUCGAAAGAGUGAAGGUGAGAUGCGUGGCUGUUUUUUUUUGUUUGUUUGUUUGUUUGUUUUUUGGAGAACGGAGGAGCCCCCGAGCCACCUUCAGCCCACCCCGCAGCCUGCAGGAACGACCCCAGGGACCUCCACUAUGUUCUCGUCAUGUCCUCAUGUUAAAUUUCACCUCUUCAAAAGCGCAUUAUUUUUUGUUUUGGUGUUGUUUGAGUUUAGCGCUUUGUUAUUUUGAUUGCUAUUUUUAAUGUUUAAAUUUUUUAAUUGUGCAUAAAAAGGGUUUUGCUAGUUGACAUUCAGAGAUCCUGUGAUAACUGUUGUCAGCAGUCUCAUCGACACAGGUACACAGCGUUUCCUGAUUACACAAUGCUGAUUAAAAUGCAGUAGUUUUAACAUA